AUGGGUGAUUUACAAGGACGCAAGGUCUUCAAGGUGUUUAACCAGGACUUUAUCGUUGAUGAGCGGUACACUGUCACCAAGGAACUGGGUCAGGGUGCAUAUGGUAUUGUCUGUGCCGCUACCAACACGCAGACGGGUGAGGGCGUCGCCAUCAAGAAGGUUACCAAUGUGUUUAGCAAGAAGAUUCUGGCCAAGCGGGCUUUGAGAGAGAUCAAGCUGUUGCAGCACUUCAGAGGUCACCGCAACAUCACAUGUCUAUACGACAUGGAUAUCCCCAGACCCGACAACUUCAACGAGACUUACCUCUACGAAGAAUUGAUGGAAUGUGAUCUGGCGGCUAUUAUUCGUUCGGGUCAGCCUUUGACGGAUGCGCACUUCCAGUCUUUCAUCUACCAGAUCCUCUGCGGUUUGAAGUAUAUCCAUUCCGCCAACGUCCUGCACCGAGAUCUGAAACCCGGCAACCUACUGGUCAACGCCGACUGUGAACUGAAGAUCUGUGACUUUGGAUUGGCUCGAGGCUUCUCGAUAGAUCCAGAAGAAAAUGCGGGAUACAUGACUGAAUACGUGGCAACCAGAUGGUACCGUGCUCCCGAGAUCAUGCUCAGCUUCCAGAGCUACACUAAAGCUAUUGACGUCUGGUCCGUCGGGUGUAUCUUGGCUGAGCUCCUGGGUGGCCGUCCAUUCUUCAAGGGUCGCGACUACGUCGACCAGCUGAACCAGAUUCUUCACUACCUGGGAACCCCGAAUGAAGAGACCCUGUCCCGCAUUGGCUCUCCCCGUGCGCAGGAGUAUGUCCGGAACCUUCCGUUGAUGCCCAAGGUUCCCUUCCAGCGUCUUUUCCCGAACGCCAACCCGGAUGCCCUUGAUCUCCUCGACCGCAUGCUUGCGUUCGACCCGUCUUCACGUAUCUCCGUGGAGGACGCUCUUGAGCACCGCUACCUGCACAUCUGGCACGAUGCCUCGGACGAGCCCACGUGCCCGACGACCUUUGACUUCCACUUCGAGGUCGUCGAGGACGUACAGGAAAUGCGCAACAUGAUCCUUGACGAAGUCAUCCGAUUCCGUGCUCAUGUCCGACAGCAGUCCCAGGCGCAGGCCGCCGCUGCUGCUCAGCAACAACUAGCCCAACAGACCAACGUCCCCAUUCCCGAAAACCAGCAGGGUGUCUGGAAACAGGAAGAACCAAGACCUCAGGAGGCGAUUGCCGCAGGCGGCCCGCAUCCUAAUGACCUCGAAGCGUCGCUGCAGCGGGGUAUGGAUGUGCAUUAA